AUGGGUUUCUUCGGAGGCAGGGGCCGCGGCAAAGGCCGUAAUGGGCGCCAGAACCGAGGCGCACAACCAUACAAUGCUGUGCCGCAAGGCGUGUCUCAUGGGUAUCAUAAACCCGGCGGUGGCAAGAAAAGCCGGACGUGCAACCCCAAGGUAGCAUGCUUCGCGGUCUCGGUAUGGAUGGCCGUAGUGGUCAUGAGUGGUUUGUUAUUUCCCAAGUAUCCAAGAAAUCCCCGGUGGAUAGCCGCUUAUUUGACGCCAGUGAUCACACUCGUCGGAUGCAUGAGUAAAAGCCCCGGAAUUGACCAGCUCUACCUCGUCGAACUGCGCCAUAACACAUCUUAUGAGUUCCGAUUCCGCAUUGGAUAUUUUGGUGGGUGCAUAUCCACAACAUCCCUAGAUGAAAGCGCGAGCAGUUCCUCCACUCACUGCGUCGACAAUCUCCGCGCCUCCGACAUCGACGACCUCACCGAAACCUUCGUCGAGAACCUCCCAAGUGCAGGUGAUCUCGCCCCAGUUCUAAAUACCACUCUUCCACUAGCUCGAGACCUCCAAACCAACGUCUUCUUCUUCCCCCUCCCCCCAAUCCACCUCUUCCUUUUCGGCCUCAGCGGAAUCAUCCUCUUAUUCGGACUAGGCGGCAAAGCGCGCAGCCGCGCAUACAACCUCGGCAUCAUUGUCGCUGCCGUAUUGGGGGCACUAGCCACGACUACAGCAUUCAUCAUGUGCAUUGGGUCGCUGCAAGCCAUGAACGCGCUGGAGCUGCUCAUUGGCGGCGACAAUACCGAUGCCAACAGUGAUGCAAAUCUAAUAGCCGACCCUGUGAGAAUCAACAUUGGCAACGGGAUAAGGCUACAUGGUGCGCAUAGGCUCGCGCACGUGCAGUAUGCGCUGGCGGCGUUUACAAUGCUGUUCUAUGUUUUACUCGGGGCCAUGUAUGCAAAGAGGAAGCCGGAUGAGCCGAUUGUGGUUAUAGGUGCGAAUCCUAUGCGGUGGGCGAGGAGGUAG